AUGGAUGAACCUGAAAGUAGUAGGCCUGAAGAGGUCAAUACUGAAAUUGAUGAUCAAUUUGCUCCAGAUGGCAAGGAUAAUGUUGUUGAUGUGAAAGAAGGGUUAGCUUCCCAAACCUAUGAUAGUUUACGAAUGCUUACUAAGGAAGAUGUGUUGCAAAUGAAAUUCAAUUCAGAGGAUGAUGCUUAUACUUUCUACAAUGCAUACGCUAAGGUCAUCGGUUUUAGCGUACGAAGAAGUAGAAAAAGAAUUACUGGAGACAACAAAUUUGUAGAGAGUAUGAAAUGGGUUUGUUCAAGGGAAGGUGUAAGAGAAAAGAAAUACUUGCAACGUGUGGAACGGGUAAGAACUCCUAGUGCAGAAACUAGACUUUUUUGUAAUGCCACAUUUCGUGUGCGUUAUGACAAGACAGCUAGGAAAUAUGUUGUGACCCACUUUGUAGGGGAACACAACCAUCCGUUGGCAGCACCACACUGCGUCCCUUUUCUUUGGUCUCAUAGGUUUGUAACAAGUGCAGACCAAGGUCAAGCAAAGGCCAUGCGCAAUGUGGGUAUGAAAAUGAGUCAGAUCAUGGAUUUUAUGGUCCAUCAGUCAGGGGGUUAUAAGAAGGUGGGCUUCAUUCACAGAGAUUUGCACAAUCAAUUCCAAGCUGAGGGUGUGUUAGGAUACUUGUCAGCUAAAUUAGAUGCAGAUCCAUUAUUUUUUUUCAAAUACAACGUCGAUAAGGACAACCGGUUGGACAAGAUUUUCUGGGCAGAUUGUAGGUCUCGAAUGGAUUAUGCUGCAUUUGGUGAUGUAUUGGUAUUUGAUACAACUUAUCGUACAAAUGCAUAUAAGAAGCCAUUUGUAAUUCUAGCUGGCGCGAGUAACCAUUUCAUGACAACUAUAUUUGGAUGUGCUUUGUUGCCUGAUGAGACAAUGGAGACAUACACGUGGGUGCUGGAAAUGUUAAUGGAGGCCAUGGAUGGUAAAAGGCCCAUCUCCGUUGUAACAGAUGGUGAUAGGGCAAUGCGUCAGGCAAUCAAAAGAGUUAUUCCAAACUGCAGACAUCGUUUAUGUUCUUGGCAUCUAGAGAAAAAUGCCUCAACAAAUGUCCACAUACCAGAAUUUACAGCUGAUUUUGCACAGUUGAUGUUAAAGAAAUGUAAAAUUGAUGAGUUUGACAAUGCCUGGGCUGCUAUGGUGAAACAGUACAAGUUGGAGAACAAUAACUGGGUGUUGGAUAUUCAUCUGAAGCGUGAUAAUUGGGCUGAGGCAUAUCUCUAUGGUCACAUCGCAGUAUGA